AUGGCCAAAGUAGAUUAUGUUCUCUUGAUGAUCCAUUGGCAGCACAAAUUUAGUGACACACCGUGUACCAAGGGUGCUAUGGACCAAUAUAUCAUACACGCCUUCUCACCUAAUGCCUGGCCUCCUCAGCUCAUGAGGCAUGCUGGCGAUCGCAGAGCUCUCAUGGGUGUGCUCACUGAUUUGAGCUUUUAUCAGGGUAGACCUCCGAGAUCCCAUGCUGACAAGUCGCGCGCAGUCUCUGAGGCCAUCACACAGUACGCCUUGCAGCACGCAAGCCAUCUGGCAACAGAGACGAAGAUUGCAGAGUGGUUCAUAUCUGCUCUGACAGAAAGUGGUGAGCCACUGUCCGUUCGGCCUCUGGAAGAAUCGACUUUCAGCCGGCCCUCAUCUGCGCACGCAACCGCCUACGCGCCGAGCCGCAUGUCCUGGGCAGCAGUGCACAACUCCGACACGUCAAGCAGCAUCGACAGCCCACUUGGUCGCGAGCUGCAGCGCAUCAGCUCGGAGGUUUCCUGCAUCCCUGCUCUGGGGACGUCCGGUGUAGGAAUGGCCACGUUGGAGCCGAACUUAGCUGCCUCUGGGUUGAGGCCAUUCCAUUGCCACCUGUGCCCAAAGAGGUUUGCCUACAAGCAUGUGCUCGAGAACCACAUACGGACGCACACAGGCGAGCGACCGUUCAAAUGUCCAGACUGCCUGAAGCGCUUUGCUCGCAAGGACUACCUCAAAUACCAUGUGCGAAUGUGCAGGUGCAAGCCUCAAUAUGUUGCGCUCACGAAUUCUUUGUAUACCAAAUGUGGUAUAUAUUUGCUAGGGAAGACCAUGUUUUUUGGCUUCUUAGGGCACCAUGACCAUCACCUGCCCAUAGAAAGCUUGACAAGGCUCUUUGAAGACUCUGUUCGCCGAGGAUUCCGCUCCCCCGGCGGACAGAGUCUCCAAAGUGGAGAUUCCAGUAAUCAAAGUAAGCACAAAGUCGUGAUGAUUGUUCAACAAGCGCCUCCGUCAAAUGACUCAAGUCAGGACAGCACUAGCAUGGAGACACUGCCCUCCAGACAGCCUGAUGCCGCCACUGGACAAAGCAGCCAGAUUCCCAUGGUGGUUCUGAUGACCCCCAGUAGCGGAGAAGUAUCACGAGUGCCCAGCCCCCAUUCGCACAGCUGCCACCUCUGCUCCAAGGCAUUUGCCUCAAAGGAGCUCCUCGAAGCACACCUCAACAUCCACCCGACGUACUGUCCGCACAAGUGUGACCGCUGCUCCGAGGUGUUCACCAACUUUCGACUGCUCGAGCUGCACAUGCGCUUUCACCAUAAGUGCGAGUGCCCGUUCAGAUGCAGCCUCUGCUCGCUCUCAUUUCCAACUAAGAGGGCGCUCAACAUGCACCUCACCAAGCACGGCCACGGGGACACAAAGGUCCAGUGCAAAACUUGCUUCAAAUGGUUCAAUAGCUGUCGUGCCAUGCUGGAGCACAGGUCACGACACUUUGCUAAAUAAUGGCUGAAACAUUGCUGCGCUUGCUUCAUGGCGUCUUUCUUUUCUCUCGACCCUUGCAGUUUCCUCGUGCGAUAAGACUAAUUCGCACUAUUCAUCCUUGAAAAUUGCUGAACUUAUUGGAAGUUCAGGGGGUUAUAGUAGUGAGUAAUUGUCAUAGAAACGUCACAGCGUGCGUGGACGGGGACAAAAGAAGAAAACACGAGACAAAGUGCUGUGUCGUGUGUUUCCUUGUUUUGUCCCUGUCGGUGUGCACUGUAAUGUUUCUAAGAAGCAGUAUUAACUAGCCCAACGAGCCACCCUAGUUAUCAUUAAAUAAAGAACAUCACUGGAGUCUGCAAUUUUACGUGUUCUCUUGUCGAAUCGUUGCCUCCUGUGAUAUUAUUUGUUUGACCAUUUUUCACCACUGCUGUACCUUAUGCAUUUGUGGACACGGUCACCUUUAAGUUAUCUGCAUGUGUCGUCGUGCACUUAAAGUAUCAUCUUCACACAGAGCCUGCUAAUCUAAAGGGGCUGUGGACCAUUUUUCAGGCAUGACGAGGAAACACUUGUCGCAGAUAUGUGGCAGCUGUGAAUAUCGCUGCCAAAUUUUGUAUUUGCAUACCAGUAGUGGUGUAAACUAAGCGCAGAGUUAAAGCACGCUCUUUUACAAACAGCAUGGGCAACCAACAGGGGGGAAACGUCAGUUGAUGUCAACUCACUGAUACCCACAGACAGUAUCCACUACCCCCUAUCUCAUAAUGUACAACAUUUAGCAUGUAUCUUCAUUUAGCUCUAUUGUCUCCGGAGUCUCAAAAAACUUUUUUUGCAGUAUUAAAUAUCUGAGAUCUACUCUACUACGUAGUUCUAUAAAAUUCUUGAUGCUUCAAGAGAAGAUUAUUCAGGGCCCUUUAAUAGUGCAUGAUUUUCUGAGUGUUGUGUGUAAUGCAUUCUAUGCACAUAUGAUUUUGCCUGCUAAAACAGUGACCGAUUCUCUGCCAAAUUAUGACUAGCUAUCAUUCGGCCUUGGGUGUAGUUUCCCAUCAUGUUUGCCAGUUGUGCCCUUUUGUUUCAUUAAUGAUGAAGACAAAACUAACAGUGUACAUCAAUGUUUAUUUCACUGCACUGAAACACUGGUGCUACUGUCACUGCUGCUGUAAAAAGCCUGUUACACGAAACUGAGCAUGUUGCAGUUCGCUAGCUCUGUGUGAAGACUAUAGGUCGGCAAAAUAACAUGUAACUCACUCAGUCUCACGCAAAAAACUUAAUCUUGCACUUUGAAUUCACUCACCAAAAUUUUGUGCUGACUUCGCUGGGACUUACACUGUAUGAAGUGAAUGAAUAAACUUUAUUUAAAGCCUGGCAAUUUUCACCGGGCAAGGGGGGAAGGGAAGAGAGGAUUAACCUCUGUCUCUUCCCACUCUCUGUUCGAUUAUGAUGGCGGUGCCUCAGGUGACCGCUCGAAGUCCUUGGACCCGGGUGACAUCUUCAGCUUGCCGGGACCGCCCAAAGCUAGUUGGCCAGCUCGUCGCUGGCGAGUGCCACCUCCCAGCAACAACGCAGCUCACGCCGCCGAUCAGCAACAGUGACCGCAGCCGCGGCGGAGGCCGGCCCCUGCCCUCGCGCGGUGGUAGCAGCAGCAAUUUUUACACUCACAGAAAUUUUUUUAACCGAAAUCACUUGAACUCAAACUCAUGAAAAUAUUACUUGCCAGGACUCUAUAAGACUUAUAGCUCAUUCUGAGUCUGAAUGAGUUCGAGUAAGUCAACUCAGGAGUGAGUUCGCCAACCUGUGGUGCAGACUUAGUGGCAAUCAAACCGGUAGUGGUCUUUUACCACUGAUUUUUGCAACCACCGUGAAAUCAAAGCGAUAUUUACUGCAGGCACACACGAACUGUUUUUGAAAGGACUUCCACUGUUUGAUGGGACACAGUGUAUUGUUAUAAGCCACAAUGUUUUCAUUGUUAAUUUUUUGUUGUGUGAUGAACAUAAUGGUAUACAUUCCUUUGUGCGUGACAAGUUUGAUUUUGUGUACAGUAUGUCCUUGCAGUGGUUGGACACUCUUACGAGUGGUCAGUGUGUGGUUUUGUUAUUGGUUGCAUUUCUGUGCAAGUGUUUCAUUUUGUGCUUUCUUAUUGAUGAGCUGUGUUUACAUUUCUUGUUGUGACAUAUAUCACUGUGCAGGUACAUAUGUAGUGUGUGUGGUUGUACAAGUGUUCUAUCUUUUACCUUCUGUGUCAUUAUAUUUGCAUUGAAAUAUUUCAUCUCUAUAAAAGUUAUUGUUUUGCUCUGAAGCUAUUUGUGCAUGCACACGACAGUUCAUACGAUGCACUUCAUUUCCUAUUAUCUCUUUUUUUUCCCCACUUUGGAAAUAAAGUAGUAAUCCAUUGUUA